AUGGAUGAGAUAUUGGCGAUAAACACCCGGAGGAGAGACGGUCUAAAUAAUACAGAAAACUCAAAAAGAUCUGCUGUAGAAGAUAAAAUCAUUAAUGCAAACAAUGGUUAGUUUCAUCUGGCCAUAAACCUCUCGAGGUAGUCUAAUUUAGAAACAUUAGGGAGUUUAAGAUCUUGACGACGAACUACUGACUACGUUUGAAAUAGUACAAACCAAUGAUCUUGAUUAAAUAACUGUUACAUUAUCACAAGGCUCGACAUAGCGGCCUGCCAAUGGCCAAAAGCAGGCCAUAUUUCAGAAAUGACAGGCGAAAAGAAUUUGACCCUGCCAAGUCGAAAAUAAAAUGGCAGGCGAAAUUCUACGAAAACAAAAUGGCGUCCAAUGGUUGAGGACACAACGAUUUGCAUUUUGCUAUUUUCAGUUAGCGGUUUGCCGUAACGUCAAUCUUAAGGUUUCUAAUAGAUAAGUAAAACAGUUACAGUAAGUAGGGCAAAUACAUGAAUGAUUCGAUAUCUGAGAAGACGCGAAAGUCUAACCAUUUACUGGCGUCAACGUAAAGGUAGCUCUUUCUCCUCAAUUAUUUUAAGACCUCGAGUAGAGGUUGGACCAAGGAUUAUUGAACCCGGAUCUCCCAUCUUGAAAGAUAAGUGUUAUGCAUGCUUGUAUAUAACACCACAAGUACAUGCUUAACACUGCAGGAAAAUUAAUCUUUAUGUUAAAACCUGAGCAAGACCAUUCUGUCAGUUCAAAAAUAGAAAUGGCAGACCAUAAUUUAUUUGACCUGCCAUAAAAAUAGUUUGGCUGGCCAUAUGUUUUUCCAUUGGACGACUUGCGCUUUAGACUAAAUUUUAAUCUAAGUAAGAACACCACAGCUGGAAAGAGCGUCUUGCAAUUAGUAAUAUUACAAAGUUUGGUUGCGAAAUGUUGUAAAAUACGGAAAAUAUAGCCCUUCAAAGUUGGCAAAUUUGUAUACUUUUGUAUUACGUGCGUGAAUUGGUAACUAAAUUAGUUAGCAAUUUCCGCACGUAAUAGAUUUGUAUACAAAUUUGCCAACGUCGCAGGGCUAUAUUUUCCGUAUUUUACAACAUUUCGCAACCAAACUUUGCAGUUUUUCUAAUUUUGAUAACUUCUUUCAGAAAAUAUCCUUUGUUAUUCCCAGAUUAAAUUUUUUUCUAAAGCGUAAGUCGUCCAUUUCGAACCCCACAUUAUCAUAUUAUGAACACUUUUUCUAGCCGAAGAAAUAUCGGAUGACCUUUUCGAAGGUGAUAUAGUUCUUGACCCUGACACAAUCCCAGAAGACAAGGAACUCUAUGACAUGCAACAGAAGAAAAAGAACGAGACGUCGGUUAAAACUGGCACAAAGAGACAAGGGACGCGAAAUCUGAAAUGGCUGUGGCAUUAUAAGAAAGUUCCUUAUGAAAUAUCGUCGUCUUUAUGUAAGAUUCCUUGAAGGGAAUUUCAAAUGGGGCUUCGGUUGCGCAGUCUUCAGAGCAUGCGCCUUUCACCUUUGAGAUCAUGGGUUCGAUUCUCGCUACGGACUCAUGUGAAAAGAGUCGGUCAACGCUCUUCCUCCCACAGGGAAAGUUGACGCCAGGGUGGGUUAGGAUAAACACAGUUAAGGAAGCAAUUUCACAAUUGUUGUAAAGAUAAAAUAGUCUAGGCUCAGACUGAAGACAUUGAUUUUGUAUUUACUCAAAAUUUUGAGCUGUGGAAGGAUGCAUUUAAUGACACAAGUUUUUUAGUCAAAAUACUCAGGGAUGUUUUUGCAGCGAACGUGAAGUAGUAUUUAAAACAUGAGCAGCAGUGUUUUAUCAGAUAUAAAGAUACGAGGCGAAGCCGAGUAUCUUUUAGGUCUGAUAAAACACACACUGCAAAUGUUUUAAAUUGCUUCAAAAACGAACAAACGAUCGAUCACUAAGUUCAUUGGCGAUGUAAUUUGCAAAAAAUACGUUGUGUAAGUUGAGAAAAUCAAAGUUAAAUUUAUUUAAAUCCAGGGAAAUUUUUAUCACAUAUAAAGAUACGACACGCUUAUGAUUUUUCUUUGUGUUUUCCUCAUGAAUUAUUAAUUUGUUUUUGAAUAAACCUGAAUUUUGAAAUAUAGUUUUACUUUUCAUAGUUCAAAUUAAGGAUACGAUUUUGAAGGCAAUCCAGACUUUCAACAGCAAGACUUGUGUGAAGUUUGUCCCAAGGAAAGCAAAUGACAGAAAUUACGUCUUGUUUGACAAACGUCAAGGGUAAGGAAUGUUUGGUAAUUAUAUUGUUAAUUAUAAGUCAUUGCAUUUGGUUAAUGAGCUAAUUAAGUGAUUAAUUAGGUAAUUGAUUGCUUAAAUUAUUCUUACUGUCGUUCCAAUUGAAGUGUUGCUCAAAUAUUGAUUCAAUACAUUACCUCGGGCUGACCAAUUCAUUUCAUCAAGUUCCUUGAGAUAUUCCUACACUUCCUAGUAUAAUUGUAAACUUCCUGUUGAAUAGUUUGAAUGCACCAAUCACCUUUGUUGUUUGUGCAACUAACCAAUCAUAAAUAGAAAGGAAGUGACUAGAAAUGAUCAAAUACUUGGAAUUGGCUCUUUCACAGGAAGUGUAUGAAUAUCUCGAGGAACUUGAUCAAAUGAAUUGGUCAGCCCGAGGUAAUGUAUUGAAUCAAUAUUUGAGCAACACUUCAAUUGGAACGACAGUAAAGGGAAAUAAAAAUUAACUUUGUCUUAUUUGAAAGAACUUUUAAAGUUAUAUAUUAAGACCCUUUGCAAUUUAUAUUAACCAUUUAAUGAUGGAAGAGUUAGUUUUUACAUUCAAAAACCCAUUAAUGGAAAGUUCAGUUUUCUUCCUGUGUUAGUUAAUGGAUAGUUCCAGUUACAGACUAAAUUUUGAUCUAGGCAAGAAGAACAAAAUCCAUCACCACAGCUAGAAAGAGCAUGUUAAAAUUAGUAAAAUUGCAAAGUUUGACCGCGAAAUGUUGUAAAAUGCGGAAAAUAUAGCCCUGCGAAAUUUGCAAAUUUUGUAUUAAUUUGUAUUACGCCAGGAAAAUUCACCACUUGCGGCCCAAAUGUGGUGCAUUUUCCCGCGCGUAAUACAAAUUAAUACAAAAUUUGCAAAUUUCGCAUGGUUGUAUUUUCCUCAUUUACAACAUUUCGCGGCUAAACUUUUCAAUUUUUCAAGAUCAAAAUUUAGGCUAUAGCUGGAAUUGCCCAUUUGUUUUAUUGUUAACUAUUGAAUUUCUGUAUAUAGAUGCUAUUCAAGAAUUGGUAGAUCCUAUGCCCGCCAAGGUCCACAAGUUAUCUCAGUUGGACAAUACUGUGAUUAUGAAGAUAUUAUUAUUCAUGAAAUGCUUCAUUCUGUCGGUAAGAUAUUUAAAUAUCUAAAGUAUUUUUUCUGCGCAAUUUAUUCCUCCGUUGCCGGAAGCCAGGAAUCCUGGCUAAGAUUGAACUACGCAUUCCAUUUCAACGGCCAAUCAGAUUCCUCCCUGAAACGGAUUAUCCCAGAGCCUCGCGUUCCUUCCCGAGGAUCGCAGGCUCGGGGAACGAGAUUGUCGCUUAUAAUAUGGGAGAUAGUCAGCCUAUAGACAUAGCCGGGCCUAGCUUCUCUUUAUAUUUCAAUGUUAGGUUUAGUGAAGCAUCCAAGUGAGCAUAUAUAUACACAAUUUAAGGCCUUACAAGGAACGGUUGCGAAAAAUGCAACACCAUAGGUCCUCUGGCAGGAAUUGAAUCUGCGUCCCUGCGAUUCCGGUGCAGCGCUUUAACCAACUGCGCUUACAUCUCGACAACUAGCCUCUGUAAGGACUUAGUAUAUACUUUGAAUAUUGUUGACUCUCAUAGGAUUUUUCCACGAGCAAAGUCGACCCGAUAGACAAAACCAUGUCGAGAUUCAUUGGCAGAAUAUUAAACCAGGUAAUUAAGUUAAAAGUUUGUAAAGUAAAGUAAAGUAAAGUAAAGUGGAGUGGAGUGGAGUAUGCAAGGAAAGUGUCGGCGGAGUAAACACGUAAAAAUCUCACAACUUGUCAACAAGAUGUGUUCGCAAAAGGCUUGUAGCGAGCUUGGCAACAAGUUGCGUAACAAUGUUGUCAUUUUAUCAAGUUGUCAGACUGUCAACAAGCCUUUGACAACUUGUCAACAAGCUGAAAACAAGCAGUGCGAACACAUUCUGUUGACAAGUUGUUGGAACAGCAUUGAAUUGCUACAAGUCUGGUGCAGUUUUAUUUUACAAUUUGUACGUUUUUACGUGUGUAGAUUGUGGACCAUGCUUAAAUUUCUCUGUGAUAGCAUGGCUCUGUCAAUGAAUUGCGUUGCACUUUUGUCUGUUUAUCUUUGCUAGGUUUUGAAAAUGAGUUCCUACAAUACGGUCACGACCUAAUUGCCCAUCUACAGAUUAACUACAAUUACAAAAGCAUAAUGCAUUACGGAUCCAAAGCGUUUAGUAAAUCUGCCGAACUUGAAACAAUAACAGCCAUAGGUACCCGAGGUAAAAUUGAACUUGGAAACACCCAGAUGAGUGUUCUCGAUAUCAUUGAGCUGGAUGCUUUGUAUCGUUGUAAAU